AUGCUUUCUGCCAAGAAGAUCAUCUCAGUAUUUGAUUCAGAGGCCAAACUUGACUUUCCAAUCACGAAUAAAGACCUUCAAGCGGAUCAAAAUAAAGUUCACGAAGAUAGCAGAGAGCGAACAAUCGAAUUCUUGAACGGUAACCAACAAAAAGUCGAAGAUGAAAGAAUCAAUGCUGGAAACUGUGACGAUGAUGAUGAUGAUGAUGAUCGAGAAAGUCUUGAUUCCGACGACUUGGAAUUCGAACAAUUCGAAUUCGAAACGCCGAACCUUUCAAAAUACAGUCCCCGCUUUCUUAUGGAAGCCAGUGGAAUUUUGGUCGAGAGAAAUCUACCCCAAUCAAUGUCAAAAACGGAGAAGACUAAACGCAAACUCGCCGCGCUGGAAACAAUUCCGUAUUUAGCAAAGGUCAAUCAGGUUUCUUCGAAGGAGCUUGUGGAAGAGAUUUUGAAAGGGAUCGUUUAUUUUGAAAUUGUUAACGAUAAUGAUGCUGCUCUCGUGGGUGAUGCUCUAGAAUCGUUGGCAGUUGUGGCUCCGGAAUUUUAUGCUCCUGCGAUUGUUGGUGAAUUUUAUGCCGAGUCAAUGCCUCUAGAAAAACGGCAGAUCAUUCUUGCCUCUCUAUCGAAGGCCGUAAAGCAAUUGGCGGACAAUCCCUUCGAAGAACUUGAAGAAGAGAUCGCCUUUGAAAAAUUAGCGCUUUCCGCAAAAGUUGAAUCACAAUCACGGCGCUGGGGAAGCCGCCCAAAAGCGAGAAGAUGCUCAAGUCUCGACGUCUUGUCAAGAAUGAUUGCAUUCGUCGGCCAGAUCAUUUCUCUCUUGGAUAAUAUUCCCGAAAUCGAGAAAUACGUCCUUCCUUCCAUAGAUUUUCUCGCGACUUUUAGAAGAAUUGAUGACACGAAUUUGAAACUUGUAAUAAUCAAAUCUUACCAAGUUUGUCUGCUGAGCAUCGCUUCAACUAAACAAGAAAUCUGGAUGGACAUCACUUGGAAAAUGUGGCUAGAAGAAUGCCAAUCGCUUGAUUGCCCACGCCUUUCACUUGCUGCGACUGACCUUUUGAAUCUAUUCUAG